AUGAUGAGGAUGAAUAAUCUGAUUCUGAUUGAAGUUGUUUUACUCUUUGUUACGGUGGACCUUCUUCUUGUUUGUGCUACUGCAGCAGGAGGAGUGGUGAAGUGCGCAGAGCAGGAGAGGCAAGCACUGCUGCAUUUCAAGGCCGCCAUGGUUGAUGACUACGGCAUUCUCUCUUCGUGGAAGGGUCGUGAUUGCUGCCAUUGGAACGGUGUUCGCUGCAGCAACCUCACUUCCCAUGUAAUCAGUCUCGACCUUCACGGUGACGUCAUCCAAAAUGAAUAUACCUAUGUAGAACGAUUUUUGAGAGGUAAGAUUCCCAGCUCGUUAGUGGAAUUGCAGCACCUCAGGUACUUGAACCUCAGUUUCAAUUAUUUUGGAGAUUACCAUAUCCCUGAAUUCUUUGGUAACCUCACCAGCUUGAGGUAUCUUGAUUUGUCAUUUUGUCACUUUGGUGGAAGAAUUCCAACUCAAUUUGGAUCUCUUCCUCAUUUAACAUACUUGAAUCUUAAUAGGAAUGAAUUAGAGGGUUCAAUUCCUUAUCAACUUGGAAAUCUGUCCAAGUUGCAGUAUCUUGAUCUCUGGGGAAACGCUUUACAACGGAAAAUGCUUUACAAGGAAUAA